UUGUUCCUGUCUGACUUGAGGUUGAAAAUGAAAACUGGACUCCCAGUUCAGAACCACUGCAAAUGCAACUAGGGCUUUGUCCUCACUAGAAAACAAAAGUGCUUUGUUAACCCAUGUUAAACUAACCUGUGUUAAAAUCUUGGUGAAGACAAGGUUGUUGUAGUUUUAACUCAUGUUUAGCUAGUCAAGGUAAAUUCUACAGUAGAAUUCCCUAAUCUUCAAGAAACAGAUUAAAAAUAAAACUAAUACUAAGCAGCCAAAUAAAGGCAUUAUUUGAAUAAAAAUGAGGGGGGAAGGGGAUGGAGAAGACUUAAGCAUGGGCCAACAAUGAUUAAAUGCUCGGGUUUACCUUGACCUGCUAAUAUGUUUUAAAACCUGCAACUGCCUUGUCUUUGCUAGAAUUUUAACACAGAUUAGUUAACAAAUUUAAAAAUGCACCCUUUUUCUCAUCAAGAAAAGGCAUCCGGCUUUGUCUUCGCUGCAUUAAAAAGUGUGUGCUUAAAUCAAUGUCAUUAACUCAAUGUAAAAUCCUAGUGGAGACCAGACUGAAGUUUUCACCUCAGUGAAACCUGAGAUCAACCCCUGCCAGCUCCAUCAAGGUAAAAACUUACCUGUGCCUUACCUCCACUAGAGUAAUACAGUGAGAUGGCCACCUUGAUGCAAAACCUCACCUUUUCUGCAGUGAAGGCAAAGCCCGAGGGUCAGCAAUGGAUGACUUGCCCAUAUGGUCGAGUCCAGUGGUUCUCAAAGUCGGUCUGCUGCUUGUUCCAGGAAAGCCUCUGGUGGGCCAGGCCGGUCCUGUUUUUUUACCUGCCGUGUCCACAGGUUCGGCCUAUCACAGCUCCCCCUGGCCACGGUUCACUGCUCCAGGCCAAUGGGGGCUGCGGUAAGCGACGCGGGCAGAGGGAUGUGCUGGCCACCCUUCCUGCAGCCCCCAUUGGCCUGGAGCGGCGAACUGUGGCCAGUGGGAGCCGCGAUCGGCUGAGCCUGCGGACGGGGCAGGUAAACAAACCAACCCGGCCUGCCAGGGGCUGUCCCAGAACAACAGGACCAGCUUUGAGAACCACUGGUCUAGUCUACUUAGCUAAACUCUUUCUCUGUCUCUUAGCCAGUUGCAGCCUACCCCAGGGGUUCUCAGACUUCAGUGCACUGUGACCUCCUCCUGACAACAAAAAUUACUACAGGACCCCAGGAAGGGGGACCGAAGCCUGAGUCCCCAUCCAAGCCUCGCUGCCUGGGGGGAGGGGCCAAAGCCAAAACCUGGGCAGUGAGGUUCGGGCUUUGGCCCUGGGCCCCAGCAAGUCUAACGCCAGCCCUGGGAACCGCAUGAAAAUGGGUUCGUGACACACUUUGGGGUCCCAACCCACAACUUGAGAACCACUGUUCUAUCCUGUCCUUCAAGAGGAGCAUAUAUGGCUAAUUCUUUAGGUACCCCUUCCAGAGUCCAGUGUGCAGAGCAGUUACCACUUGAUGGCAUUUACAAGAAUACAAGUGACCAGUGAAUCAGCUACAGGUCACUUGUCCCUGUAAUUUAUUGCACUGUAGAAUUUUAUAUGCUCCAAUGGGCAGUAAGUAACUUGAUCUCACCUAUCCAGAUUGAGGUUUUAGUUAUUCCAUUCUGCUAGGUAAUUAGAUUUUGCACAACCUGGUCGGUGGUUAUAAUUAUGUAGCAGACUGAGUGUUUUGGGGGAGGAGCAUUUUUAUAAAUAAUUAUUGUAAAGAUCCCACGUAUUCAGUGUAUAGCUCUCUCUGACUUUUACGGAUGCUCAUUUGCCCUGUAUUUUAGCAAGAAAGGGCUUUUGCUCUCUAAGUCGGAUGAUGACAAAGUGUUCCUCUGUCUUGUCGUUUGGGGCAAGUCACUGCGCCUAUCUGUGCCUUAGUUUUCCCACUUGCAAACCUGGAAUGCUGCUUGUCUUACAGGAGGAUCGAGAGGCUUAAUUACUUUUUGUAAUUUGAGAAACUCAGGUAGAAAGUGCUAUAGAAGUGCAGCGAAGUAUUUUAACAUAUAGUAUAAGGCAUAAUUAGAAGCUAGCAAUGUGUCUUGAUUGGGAGAGGCGUGUUCGUCUAGCAGCUCAAACAUCAGAUGCUGUUUUUCUGUUGCAUAGAAGAGGUGUCCGGAGGAAUGUAAGCAUGAAGCGGUUCAUGGCGCUGCUUAAUAAAAAUAAAAACAAGGACCCUCCGCAGGCCAAGCUGCUGGAUCUAGCAGGACAGCUCUGCCAUGAUCUUCAGAGCAUGUCUCCCAGCCUGGAGAAGCUGGUUGAGGCAAUGAUGGGGUGCAAGCUUCAGGAAUAUUUCCUCACCAACAUCAAUGUAGUCCGAGCCUGUGUGCUUGUCCAUAUCCACAGAGGUCAGCAUGACACAGCCUGCAGACUCCUGGAGUGUUGCAGGACAGAAGAGAAGAAGGAGCUGCUGCAACUUUGGAAUGAGAUCCACUACCACAAAGUCAUGGAGAAACACCACACAGAUUCCCUGACACCGGUGCAGAAAUUCCGGUGCAGGAAGAGGAAUCCUCCACCAGUUUCCCUGUGUCCUGAAGGCAUAAAGAAUCGAAACUAUCCAGAAAAAGUGCGCCAAAAGCUGCACAGAUUUGCUGCAAACGUGACAAUGAAUCCAAACAAGGAUCAGCGGGAGGGUUUGGCUCAGGAUAUGAACCUGCAGCCAAAUCAGGUCUAUAACUGGUUUGCCAAUUACCGUCGUCGUCAAAAAACGCGGCUCAGUCGGCUGGAGAAGCUCAUCAGCUCAAUCGAUGAGGAGCCUUCAACUCACCAAGCAAAACAUCAGCCUGACAGUGGAUCCUGCAUUCCACAAGCUGCAGCGGCAUUUCAUGCAGGUGUUGGCUCAGAGCAGAAAGAGAUUAUUACCCUUGGACCCUGUGGUCCGGGGUGGGAGCAGUCAGCUGUGGGUCUGGACUGUUCUGCUGAUGAGACCUUUUCAGAAUUGCUGGAACCCAGCUUUCUGCAGAGCAGUGAGUUACAGGAAAUGAGGUCUACUAAAACUUCAGUGACUCCUCUCAACAGUGAAGAGCCAGCAGCUUUCUGCACUAAGACUGAGCAUGGAAUAAGCCUUAGCUCUGCCACCAUGGAGACCAGACAGAUGUCAAGUUACACUGCCACUAGCCCCUGUCUGGAGAACUUUGUCCUGUGCUCCUGUGGCUCACAUCCCUUCCAAACAGAGCAUCUGGACGCAAGGCAGCCAACUACUAGUGCAGAAGCGGUCUCCGGUGCAAGCAGUCAGUGCCCUCUGUGGAGCCCUGGUACAGCAGCAGGUGUCAGAGCUUCUAUGAGCAGGGUCCCUCGAGGUGGCUGUAUUGAGGCCAGUUCAGAAAGCAUCAGUCACCAGGCAGAAUUAGAGAUUGAAAGUUUCGUGCUUAGAGAAGGACAGCUAGGGUCCCUGGAAGCCAUUCUUCCCCACAGGUAACGGGAGCGGAGGACACAACUGAGAAUGGAGGUCUGUGAUCAGUCCUUUCCCUGGUCUCCAGCCUCCCUGCCUUUGAGUAAGGCUUAGGGAGCAGUAUGAUGAUACUUCCCACUCUGGGGGCCUGAUUCUCCCACUGCCCUGGACUUGUAUUGACGUCUUCAUCUGUGCUCAGUGGUGUGAAAUGCUACAUAAUUGCACUCACUGUGCGCAGCAUAAAUGGCUCCACGUGGUGCAGGGCAAAGGAGAAUCAGGCCCUCAGUCUUGUAAAAGAAGGGACAAAUCCAUCCCUCCCACCCCCAUCUGAACUGGGUUCAGCACCUGAACUGCUUGCCCAGCUUGUUUCUAACAGUGGAUGCCACACAUCCUGACUGUGAUGGGCCCAUCCUCAAUCCUGACAGCUGGAUUUAUGGAGCCUGUGAAUCAACCUGAAAUAGCUUUUGGAGAUGCACAGCAUCAGGACAAGUUUGUUCCAUACAGCAGGCUAUCAGAGGUGGCAGCCCCUGAACUCCAGCUGCGCUGUCUGUCUCCUUCUGUGCCAGAGUUUCUGUCUGUACUAGAUGUUUCAUUGUUGCAGGUUUCCCCCUGCAGGUUUUGCAGCUCAUGGGAUACAAAAAUGUCCUGGUACCAUCAUGAUUUUACAUAGCAGUAGAUGCCACAGAGCAAAUAUCAUGAAGUUGCUUUUGUUUGCUGACCUGCAGGACAAAAUAGAAGCAACAACCUCCUAUCCUAGCCCUUCUCCUCCAUUUUUUUUACCGUUUGUGUAAUAAUGACAUUAUCAAACACUAUGUAAUUAAUUCUCAUAGAAGUCCUAGUAGGUAGGUAAGCAUUAUUAUCCCCAUUUUAUAGAUGAGGAUACUGAAGCAUGGAGAGGUUAUGUGACUUGCCAAGGGCACAAAGGGAGUCAGUGUGAGGGGUGGGAAUAGAACUCAAAACUUCUCAUUCCCAGUCCCCUGCUGAAACAUCUUGAUACUUUUCCUGUCUUCCCCAGUUGGCCUGGUGCCUGCAGCUCAUGCCAGAACUAGCAUUUCAAAUAUCCUUUAUUGGGUGGUUUGGGAUUGCCCAGGCCUGGGGAUUGUAAUAGACACAAUGGGGCAGGGCUGCAGGCUGA